GCAAGUCAGAGGUUAUCGUCUCUGUCAUCAUGCUCCUGGAUGCCAUCUGCUCAAACAUCUCCGUCCAUCGCAUCCAGGAUCUUCUUACCAUUUCCGAGGAUUCAACCGAUGGAAGUCCUUCCCGAUUGGGUUCUCUUCCCAUCGAAAAACUGUGACAAAAGACCAGCGAAAAAUAACAAGGAUGGAAGUCAUGGAACCAACUUUCAUACAAGAGUAGAAGAUGGCGACAACCAAGCUCAGUCUUGUCGUCAAAAGUUGCCGGAGAGUAAGAUAUCAGAAAUCAUUUGCUCAAAGUUUGCGGCUAUGCAAGUGGCAAUGAUAAAUCCCCAACAAAAGAUAGGGAAAAAGAAGCACCUUCCCACAAAGCAUUAUUCACAAAUUAAAUCGCCAUUGCCAACAUUUUUAAUAAGCUUAUGUUGAUGAUUAUACUACGUAUUUAAUAUAAGGGCUUAAUCGAUCUUUUUAUGAGGGCUUAUUUAAUGUUUUCACUUAUUUUUGUGAUGGUAAACGCAAACAGUUUUUAUUGGAGUAACUCAAUACUCA